CAUUCUGUGAUCAUUCCUGCGCACCUUCGAUUCCGACUGCCGACAGAUACUCCACAGGCUUGCCGUCAAUUAUUCUCGCGGUCACUCGACAGGGUGUCGAUUUAUCGCACAGGUAGAGGCCCCUGGAUACUCAUGCAGAGGAGCGCGCGAUCCUUCCCUGCUUCACCCAUGCGUACCCCGGUGAGGUCGCCUCAUUUCGACUUCAAGUCGCACAUCGAUGGGCCCUUUCACGGUCGCAGUGGAUGUCCGACGAUUAUCUUGCCGUCUACGCCGACGUGCUCAGCAAGCACGCACAGGAAGACGAACGGACCCUGUUCUGAUACCGUGACUACUCUGAGCCUUGCGUCCGGAAUAAUUGGCAGCCUGGUGCGUCGCCCCUGCCUCCUUUCCGAGCGACAUUCGCUGCCAGCUAACAUGCUUCUUCCGUACAGGUGAAGCCCGCAUAUGUGUCUGGCCUUGCCUAUCAACUCGAUCAGAGGAGUACAAAUUGGACUCGAGGCUUACUUUGCACCCGGAGAUACGGUACCCGCACGUCGCUAGUCACUGGCACUAGUGUGACUCUCACCAACUUGGGUCGUUCUUGAACUUUCGUACUCGGCAGCCGCAACCCGCCUCGGCGCGCGCGGCUGGAUGGAGUGCCCGAUGUGCCCGAAUGAUUGUUGCAUGAGAAUACUGCCUCGAAUGAUCGAGCUCGGCGGAAGCAAAAAUGACGAAUGGUCCAUGUAUGGCUCGGAUAUAUAGGAAGUGCAUCACCGUUGUGAGAGACAUUGCUCAGGAGCAUAUGAGCGACCUGCGGCAUCGAGAGGUUUGUUUGCUCAGGAGACAGGUCAGACCACAGCUUUAAUGUCUCUAUCAUUAAAGGAAAGGGGGCGGGGAGUGCGUCCAGGGGGAAUAGGCCUAUUUGGGAGACGUUAUGUCCAUCGAUCUCUCCGGAGGAUACUUCCGUCGGAGCUCUUUAGAGGGCGCGUAAGUGGCGUCAGAGCAUGGAGGAAGCACUGGAGGUUGAAGGAGUGAAGUACUUGCCUGCAGAGAAGGGCUGGCGUGUCAAGACCCUUAGACGAUGCGUAUACAUGGUCCAUGGAUGCAUGUACACAGGACGUCCGGCACCCGCCAGCGACGGAAGAGCGGAUGUUCAAACGACUGCGAUCGCCUGCGGCCCACUCCUGGCCCACUCUUGCCGCGACUGCAGAGUGAGAGAAAUUCUCCGGAUUUUGACUAUUUCGAAUUAAGUAGCAUCGCGAGAAACGAUGAUCAUCGCUGCUGACAGAGAGGGAAGGAGGGGUGCAGACCGUGUUACAGGGAUUCGGGCGUGUCUUGCAUGCGCAGGUCGUAGGGCGAGUAGGCGCUGUAUUUGCGACGAACGUGUACAUAGGCGGAAGGGGUCAAAUUCUUGCCGUGGUAUUUGCGGCGCGGACGCGACGAUGCGCAAUAUGAGAAUGCUGGCGAAAAGCGGUAUCUAAGCGUGCUAGUCCGUUCUCGGAUGCAGCAACCACGACUCCCGGCCAGGGCGUCGACCGCAUGCGCAAAGCCUCCUGUCUUCUCUGAUAUUCUUUAAGUGAUUCGCCUCAAUCCCACACGCUCCUUUUUCUCUUUCCUGCGCGCCCUCUCUCCGAGCGAGCAGCUGGUGCGCUGUUCAGACCGUCACGGAGGCUGCCAGGCGGUGCCGUCACCGGCAUACCACGCAUAUCCACACCAGUCAACCGGCCGACUAGCCUCUGCCGAUCCCCAGUCAGUCCCCACAGGCUCUCUCUCCUCUUACGUCCACGACGUCCACCCCGCCCUCUUUCCCUGCCGUCGUCAGAGGCUGCCCCCGCAGCGAGCCCCGCCCCCGCUCCACCGCACCUAUAUUUCUCGUGCGUCUGACCGCCCCCUCCGAGGAAACAGUCCCGCUCCAGCGCGAAGGCACAGCUUGUACGUGAUCCAGGGCCUCGCGGUCAUCGUUUGGAAAGCGUGCAAUCUCCAAGAACAUUCGAGCCUGCGCAGGGUCAAGGCGUGCAUGGUCGCUUGAAGGACCUGAUCACUCGGAACCUUGCUCUUCUCGUCGCUCACUACUCCUUCGUCGCCGCUGCACUCAGCGAGCACAUAUCCCUGUGGGUCUUCGCCCCCUCCACACCCACGAGCCCGCCUCCCUCAAGCGCGGCCGGCCGAGUCCCUUCCAUAAGGACCAUCCAUCUGGCGAAGCAGCUUUUGGUCCUUCUUUCGCACCUGUCCGAGCUUCCCAUAAGCUUUGCCGCUUGGACGACCUUGUGCCGAGCGUAGGAAGCUUAUCAGCAUCACUUAGAAUGGAGGUCCUCACACCUACAUCAAUACCCCCGCCGUCGUCGCCAUAUUCCAGCUCUCCCCGGAGGGCCUCUUUUUCACUGUUGAAUCGCCGUCCCUCUGCUCAAAAGCUAUUGGGGCACCACGAGCCGAAUACUUCGACUUCGGUGCUAUCCCUUGCUGCAUCUUCACAGAGCCUUCUGACCGCGGAACCAUCAUUAGUUGUAAGCAACUCGCUAGCGAUUGGCACCACUCUGCGCUCGACUCGCGCGCCCUCUUCAUCACUACUCUCGUUUGUACCUUUGACGCCCAUUAUGGCCUCUCCGAGGAUGACUCCGGACAUCGGGGCGGGCUCCGGAGCAUUUGCAACUGCUUCCCUGAGCGGCGGCGUCGCGUCGGCCAGCAACAGCGACAGUGCAUCGAGCAGCUCGGCAUCUACAUCACUAGGUGAGGGCGACUAUCUUACACGUGGACAUCCCGCUUUGCCGCUCUCGGGCGACUCGCUCGCGCAGUCACCCCCGACGCCAUUGUGGAUUUCUACGCCGCCCACGCCGCCCACGAAGGAUAGGCACUUGGUUUCGCCACGCUCGUCUGCCGGCAUUCAGGGUUGUGAGUCCGGAACAGCGGGCCCGUCUAACAUCACAAGAAGUAGUCAAGGGCAUGCGCGCCCUGCUUCUGUCGCAGUUUUCCCGGAGUAUCGCGCACCCACUUCCCCAUCUAUGAACUGUUAUGAUGUCUCGUCCUCACGUCGGCCACAUAUCACCUCAAGAUCCGUCUCCCCCCCUCGUGCUGCGCGGUGUAUUCCCCGCAGCGGCUCGUCUGGCGAUAUCUGCACUACUGCUGGAGUCAAGCGGCGAAAAACCUUGCCGAGACAGUUUGGCAAGACUCUCUCGUCAUCGCCUGCCGCCGUAGAGAUCCGACCACACACGGCCACCCACGAUGCGGAGAACAACGUUCUCUUGCCCAGCCUGUCUCGCAGUCCAAGGAAGAAAGCGAAAAACAUGUUUCCAUGCCACACGCCGUCACGGGACGUGUCAGUGUCCAGCUCUCGGACGCGAAAGGUUUUUACACUCGGGGGUGGGGAGGACUCCGAUAACGAAGGCGAGGGGUCUGGGGAUGGCUCACAUGAGUCUGCUGAGAAGGCGGAGACGCAGCCUCAGGAGGUCAGGAGCCCUGUCGACGACGAAACGCCAUCGGAAAGUGCGAAGGGAAUGAGACGGUACCACGCGCUCUUAGAGCUACUGGCAACAGAGGUGGGAUAUUUGCUUGAUCUGCGAGCACUGGUAUCGAUUUACCUUGAGCAAUUGCCCUCUCUAACUGCCCCUGUCCCUGCGCCGCUUUCCCGCCCUUCGCCCUCUGCUCUCUCCAUCUCGAGCCUGGCUCUCUCACGCCCGUUCCCCUCUUCUCGGUCUUCGUUUAUGUCGGUCCCGGCUCUGUCUUCUGGCUCGGGACCACCCGACGGUUCAAGCUUCGACAGGCACCGAGAUGGCUUCGACCGCGAACGUGACGCUGAGAAGACCAGAUCUGCACGGCGCCCCCUCCUCUCUGAGCAAGACGUGCAGCUUCUUCGACGCAACGCUCAAGACCUACUUGCUUGGCAUGAACGCUUCGUCACAAUGCUCGAGCGAGCUCUUGUUCCGUCCGCAUUGGCGUGGGUGUUUGCUCAGGUGUCUGAGCGUCGAGGAAGGGAGAUGAGGCAGAGCACCGAGGAUAUGACUGUUCAGAGCGUAGACGAGGCGGUCGACGUAGUCAUGGACCUAUUUGUGCAAGAGGCGUCUUCCUUCAUACUUUACGAGACGUUCACACCUCGUCACAACGAGGCCGUCGAUCUCGUGCGCAAUAUUCAGGAUAACUAUCCAGUGGAGUGGGACGCGUACGAGCAACGAUGUUCGCUCCUGGUCGCUCAUGCUUUCGAGAUCACCGCCGACUCGCACAAGGCGCAAACCGUGCUGUCAUCGUCCUCAAGUGGCCACAGCAUCGACUCUAUGAGCAAGAGAAGGCGACAUUCGAUGUCUUCGCUCUCGAUGCAGUCACCCAUGUCGCCUUUCGGAGUGAUGCCUCUCACGUCCGGCCUGGGUCCCGCUAAGUCGGAUGCCGUGGACAGCCAUAAGCGCAAGGUCCACGGCGAGUCGAUGUAUGCGCAGCAACAGGCCAUGAGGCUUAAGUUCCUCGACUACCUCAUCAAGCCUGUGCAGCGCAUCUGCAAGUACCCCCUGCUGUUCGACCAGCUCAAGUCCAAGAGGAGUUUGUCUCCGAACACGGACGAAGCGAUCGAGAGGGCGAGCGCUGCUAUGCGCGCUGUGCUGACGAGGGUCGACCGCGCGAAUGACAAGCAGGCGCACCAGCUCAAGUCCCAGCUCAUCGCCACGCGAUUGACUGCGAAUGGUAACCCGACUUCGCCCGUCUCGCCCACCGAAAGCAAUCCAGAACGUCGGUCACAGCUGACACCUGAGUUUCUGCAAUCCUUAGGUGCAUGCCUUGUAUCGGGAGCUUUGGAUGUCGUGUAUCAUCAAUCCAAUGGCGGCGUGAGAACCAAAUAUCUCGGUGCAUUUCUCUAUGUCGGUGGAUACUUGAUUCUCUCAAAGGUCCCGAAGAGCGGCAAAGUGUAUGAGGCGAAGCACUGGUUCUCGCUGGCUGGUUUCCAGAUCCUCGACGAGGUCGACGACGAUCCAUCGCUUCCUUAUGCGUUCCAUGUUUUCAGCGCGAAUGUGCAUUUGCAUUUGGCGGCGUCCUGUCAGCUAGAGAAGACCAUCUGGAUGGCGGCAGUCCAAGACGCUGUGUCUGCGCCGGCGCCAUGCUGGACGAACGAGCCUCCUGCGAACUUUCCGCUAGACGCGCGACCUAUCGUGACGGCCUACGAAGAGCAGACUUCAGACUAUUCGACGCCUCUUCCGACGCCGCUGCCCACGAUUCAGUCAAUGUCGGAGUUAGAGGGACCGGGGGACACGGCCUCACCUGCACCCCCGGCUCCGUCUCCGAAGAAGCUUGCCAAGACAAUGUCGCGCGUCGACAGUGCCAUCAUGCGGCAUGAGUUUUCCGCGCUGAACCGGCGCACCUCGACAUCGUCUGUCAAGGCGUUCUUUUCGCCGCUCACGUUCGACUCUCGCGUUAGCCGCCCAUCGGCGCAAAUUCGGCAACAAGUGGACCACGGCCUGCACGACGUUAUCUCAGACACGUUCGUGACGGUGCGAAACCAAGUGCGCAUGCGUGACGAGGAGCUCUUCCAGGUCCGGAAGAGGCCUAUGGCGAAUAUGUCACGGUCCAACUCUGGUCUAACGUUGUCGGGGCUCGCAUCCAGAAAGCGCCAUGAUAGCAUCGUGCUCGCUUCAAGUCGCCGGAAGGGCUCCGUGGAUGGAAUACCCGAUGUGACCGGCGACUCCGAGACGAGUAAGCACUUGGUGCUCUCACAGCGGUCCAAGUCUUCCGGGGACAAGCGCAAGAAGCGGCAGUCACUCUCAGUUACUCCGUUUGUGAACAAUAUCGACUUGGAGAUGGGUCUGAUACAGAGCCCGGACGGUUCCGUCGAGUCACCUCCAGCCAUGACCCAGUCGUCGUCAGCUGCUUCUUCCAACGUGAAUUCGGCCUUGCCCAGUCCGCUCGAGAGCAACCUGCCCCUACCGUCCGCUGAUACACUGCGCUACAGGCCGAAGCGCACACGUUCUCUAGUGGAUAACGUCCGCAACUUCUUCCAUUCACGCUCGAUCUCGCCAACGCCAUCAGCCACGGGCUCGCCGAAGAUUGCCGCUGCAGCUCUCGAUGCGGAGACGGAGCCUCAUGGAGGGCUUGUGCAGUGGUGGCGCAGAGGCUCUCUUCGCCGGCGGGCACAGAGCUCACCCGAGAUGCCGACCGACGAGUCCACGCCUGCCACGCCUGCCACGCCCGCCGCGUCCUUGGAUGACGGUGCGUACUCCGAGAUGACAAGUCAGUCGUCUACGAACGCGCCGCCGAGUCCAAUGCCGAGCCCCGACGUGCUGGCCGGGCGGCAGCUGAGCACUUCACGUCGGGUGGCUUUCUCGUCCAUCGCGCCCAUCUCACGACGGCGGUCGCUCUUCUCCUAUGGCUCCCGCGCUGAAGGCGGCGCGCUUCCCCCGAGCGAGUCCCAAAGCUCGACGAUUUCCCGAGGCAAGACGCUUAAGCACCUAUUCCAUUUCCAACGUUCGAACUCUCUUACACCCGUGGAUCUGGAUACAUCAUGAGAUUUUUGUAGCCUACAGGUUCGGAGCACAUGACUCAGAUUCGGCCAUAGGAUUUAUUAUUCAUAUUUGUAGUGUUAAUCUUGCAUUCCUUUCGCCCCACUUCAUGUCAAUCCCCGCCUAUCUUCUAUCUUCCACACCCCUCGACGAAGCAUAGACUUUAAACUUACAACUUGCAAUUUCGUUUCCCUUACACUUCCUGAUUCUGUAUCUAUGGAAAAUGUCUGUGUGCACGCCCAUCAUACCCAUGUACUUUGUCGUAUACUUGUACACGUCGCUUGUCAUUGCAUGUAAAUAUUCCCUUCGCAGGUGCGUGCGUGGUAACA